ACAGCUGAUGAACACUGAACAGACAGGUGAAGGUCGCUUGAUCAGAGAUUCAGAGCCAGUUUCCGGUUUCUGAUGCUGGCUGGAAAUGAGUGGGCCUUGGUUGGCAGGCAAAGUUAAGCAGUUUGGGCUUUGGUCCUCAUCUUCCCAGUCUCGGCCCACUUGUCAAAUUGUGGCCUCCAAUAAAGGACGCCUUCUCCUCUCCUCUCCUCUCCUCUCCUCUCGGGUACCCAUCUCCCUGGCAGCAAGCUCGACUGAGAUUGAGAAUGUCGCUGUGGGACGGACGUUUAAGCAGUCUUGAGCCACCAAUCCCCAAAACACUUGCCACCAUUCUAAUUAACACAACUCCAACUUUGAUUUCUUUAUAUCCAGUGGAAGGCUAUUGGCGAUUAAGCAUGUCUUUCUCGUUGCUGAUCCGGCCCACUCGGUGGAGCCCAGAUAGGCCUCAGCGGGCCCAGCUUUCUAUGAACCGUGAUCUCUCGAUUCCCCAAAGCCCCACAAAUACAAUUAGCAAAAGGCGGCCUGAGGCGGUGAGUGAACCAACCGUUGCAGUCACGCCACGUGUCAUACAGCACGUACUCUCCUUCGUACCAUCCCCUACAAAUUUCCCACUGAAUUGCUUCUUCCCCUUCCCAUUUCCGUGGCAGCCAGCAACCUCUCUCAGCCCUUCACUCCACUCUUACUGAUUCCUACUCUUCCACCGGACAGGCAGUAAAAAGUUUCCCUCACUCUGAUUUCUCCUUCCUGUUUUGCCGAUUCCACCCGCUACGGCCCUUUGUUUCCAUCCGAUUCACUGUUUUCUCUCCCAAUCAAAAGGGGGAUUUGUUGCAGUUGUUACAUUAUCAUAAUUCAUCAAUGGCGACCAUCACCGCUGCGCAUUUCGUGUCGAGAACUUCCCGUGUCAGCUCGGAGGCCAAGACGGUUCCCGUGGGACUCCAGGCACAGAGCCUCAGCCACCACGGUCUCAGGGCGGUGGACAAGCUGCAAAUCCGAACCACGGCGAAAGCGAUGGGGAGAAGAGCUGUGAGGAAUUCUCAGGCGGCCACUGAAUCGCCUUCGUCCGCCAAAAUUGUGUGCGGAGCAGGGAUGAAUUUGGUGUUCGUCUCUUCCGAGUGUGGGCCGUGGAGCAAAACCGGCGGUCUAGGUGACGUCCUCGGUGGACUCCCUCCUGCAAUGGCCGCCAGAGGACAUCGGGUAAUGACGGUCUGCCCUCGUUAUGACCAAUACAAAGAUGCUUGGGACACCUGCGUCUUCGUCGCGAUUCAAGUUGGGGAUAAAGUUGAGACAGUUCGCUUCUUCCACUGCCACAAAAGGGGAGUAGACCGGGUCUUCGUUGAUCACCCUUUGUUCCUUGAGAAGGUAUGGGGCAAAACUGCAUCCAAGAUCUAUGGCCCUACUACAGGAAUUGACUACAGGGACAACCAGUUGCGUUUCAGCUUGCUGUGCCAAGCUGCUUUGGAAGCACCAAGGGUUCUGAACUUAAACAGCAGCAAGAAUUUCUCCGGGCCGUAUGGGGAAGAUGUUCUCUUCAUUGCUAAUGACUGGCACACGGCUCUGCUCCCUUGUUACUUGAAAACCAUGUAUCAGCCAAGGGGCUUCUACACAAAUGCUAAGGUUGCCUUCUGCAUCCACAACAUUGCUUAUCAAGGACGAUUUGCCUUUGCAGACUUUUCUCUCCUCAAUUUGCCAGAUUCAUUCAAGAGCUCCUUCGACUUCAUGGAUGGAUACGAUAAGCCAGUGAAAGGAAGGAAGAUCAACUGGAUGAAAGCUGGGAUAUUGGAAUCCGACAGGGUAAUAACUGUGAGCCCAUACUACGCCCAGGAGCUGGUCUCUGGAGAGGAUAAAGGUGUCGAAUUGGACAACGUCCUUCGCACCAAAACCGUCUCGGGUAUUGCAAACGGCAUGGAUGUUCAAGAGUGGGAUCCUGCUACCGACAAGUACAUUGAUGUUAAAUACGAUGCAACCACGGUUACGGAUGCAAAGCCACUGUUGAAAGAAGCACUCCAAGCAGAGUGCGGAUUGCCCGUGGACAGGAGCAUUCCCGUGUUUGGAUUCAUUGGCAGACUGGAAGAACAGAAAGGUUCAGACAUUCUAUGUGAGGCUAUCCCUCAGUUGAUCGACGAGGAUGUGCAGAUAAUAAUCCUCGGUACGGGGAAGAAGUACAUGGAGGAGCAGAUUCAGCAGCUGGAGAAACUGUACCCUGAUAAAGUCAGGGGAGUGGCGAAAUUCAACGUCCCCUUGGCCCAUAUGAUCACAGCUGGGGCUGACUUCAUGUUGGUCCCCAGUAGAUUCGAGCCAUGCGGUCUCAUCCAGCUGCACGCCAUGCGAUAUGGCACGGUCCCUUGCGUAGCUUCCACCGGUGGGCUGGUGGACACGGUGAAAGAAGGUUACACCGGAUUCCAGAUGGGGGAAUUCAGCGUGGAAUGCGAUGCAGUGGAUCCAGCCGACGUGCAGAAAAUAGUGACUGCUGUUAAAAGGGUGAUUUCCACAUUUGGGACACCGGCAUUGGAAGAGAUGAUACAGAACGGGAUGGCUCAGGAUCUGUCGUGGAAAGGGCCGGCGAGGCUGUGGGAGAAGAUGCUGUUGGGUUUGGGAGCCGCCGGGAGUGAGGCCGGCGUUGAAGGUGACGAGAUUGCACCCCUUGCCAAGGAAAACGUCGCCACUCCUUGAAUGUCGGCUCCCUCAUAAUAAGUUGGAAGUCGUCGGAGAAGGAGGUGAUCGCCGGCGGUUAGUGACAAAAGAGGAGAAUGUUCUGUUUAAAGAAUUAGUUGAAGUAGGGUAGCAGGGCUAAGCAAGACUUAACUAACUUUUCUCUAAAUAACCAUCACUGUGAUAUCCGGCCCAAUCUGAAGUGAAAUGGCUGGGCCGCCUCAUUUCACUGGGCCCAAACAAAUUAUAUCAGCGCCGACCUCGCGCCCCCACCCGGCAGAUUGGCUCUCACUC